AUGGUUCCCAGUUACAAUUCAGCUAAGGAGGAGGUGAAGCAAAGGAAUGAUGAAUCAUAUGUGACAGUGACUUCUUCUCAAAUAUGGCGAAAAAGUGGAAGUUGUCCAGAAGGAACGAUACCGAUUAGAAGAAUAGGAAAGAGAGAGUUGCUCAAGGCUCAUUCAAUUGAUGAAUAUGGAAGGAAGAAACCAAGCUUCUCAAACAGACAAGUGCUGAAUCAGAACAUUGAUUCCUUUGUACAGCUAAGAAACCACUCUUUUGAUAUCUAUGUGAACCAGAAGGCGAUAUUGUUCGCAGAUGGAUACCGCUACUUGGGAGGUAAAGGAGACAUUAAAGUUUGCAGUCCUAAUGUUGAAAAGGAUGAUGAAUACAGCACUUCACAGGUUUCUCUCUUAAAUGGAGCUUACAAUGACUUUGAGUGUGUUGAAUCUGGAUGGGCGGUCAAUCCUAGUGUAUAUGGAGAUAGGAAGACACGGUUAUUCGUAUAUUGGACUGCUGAUGGUUCAAAGAAAACAGGUUGCUUUGAUCUGACUUGUCCUGGUUUUAUUCAGACAAACAACGAAAUUGCCUUGGGUGCUGCAAUUUAUCCAAUAUCAAUUCCUGGCGGUCUUCCAUAUAAAAUAACUAUUUACAUCUAUAAGGACCCAAUUACUAACAAUUGGUGGGUGCAAUAUGGUGAGAAGACCAACAUAGGUUAUUGGCCACCUGAACUAUUCAGAGCAAUAUGCUACAAUGCUGAAUCAGUUGAAUGGGGUGGUGAAGUUUACAGCACAACCGUUGGAAAUACUCCUCAUACCAAAACACAAAUGGGUAAUGGACAAUUUUCUUCUGGUGAUUCAUCUUCCAUAUUGAGGAUGAGAAUUCAUGACAAUUCUGAGGCCUUGAAGAUUCCGGAAUGGGUUGAUUAUUACUCAGAUGAAUAUAACUGCUAUGAUGUUCGAUAUAAUGCAGAUUAUGUUGAAGAUCCCGAGUUCUAUUAUGGAGGACCCGGUAGAAACCCUAUGUGCCCUUAAUCACAUUUAGAAAAUUAUGAACUACAUUCAGCAAAAAGACUAUACUGCUACCACUAUUUAUUUGCAUUCUUUAGGUUUGCGCAAAUCAAUUUAACUUGUCAAGGUAAAAGACACGUAGAGAAAAUUUUCGAUAGUCAAUUUAAUGGUGAAAGCCACAGAAAAUUUUCGAUAUUCAAAUACAUUAAUAUUACAUUUGACCAAUUUUGAUUAUUCCAUAGAAUUAUAACAUCUACAUACUUACAGACCAAUGUGCUGUAAUUAUAACAGCACCAAAA